AUGAGUUUCUAAAUUUAGAAUAUAAUCUUAAUUCUAAUUAUUAAAUAGAGAGUAUUAAAGUAAAAUAUCUUUUUAUCUUUAAGAAUAAUUAUAUAUCACGUUAGACUUUAUAUUAUUCACUUCUAAAAUUAAAUUAAAAAUGAAUCAAAUUUCCCAAAACAUCCUAGUUCAAAAAUUAAUAGACUAUAAGUUAAGGUAAAAUGAAAUUGUUUAUAGAUUCAUAGAAAGAACAAAAACAAGAGAAAAUCGAGUCCUUAGUUUUCACCCCCCAAAAUGCCAAUUUCUUAGAGAUAGACAUCAUCUUCCAAUAGUAAUGCGUAUUCCAUUCAUUAAAAAUUGAAAUCAAUUCAAAGUGAAGAGAAAGUAUUCAUUCCUCAGGCUAUACCACAGUCCCUGAUUUGCUCGAUCUAUUAAGCC